ACCAUGCAUCCAAGUCAGCCAGAAUAAUUUUUCCUUCCAGCUGAUUUCGACGCCAUUUUUGUCGCGAACGUAAACAGUUAGUGGGCCCCUCGGUACUGACUUCUCACGUUUACUCGGACGACAGCGAUUGUCCUGCCCCUCUCUGCCAGUUUUCCCACGGGAGGGUGAAUUCCCGUGACUUGAGCCGCCGUGUCAGCGAGAGAUGGAGGUGCAGCGUGGAUUUCCUCACCGGGAGGGCGCCGGUAUUUAAACAGGGGCGGGGAGGGCAUCGCUGCCUUUGCCCGUUCGAGAUGGACCAAGACUACGAGAGACGUCUCCUAAGGCAAAUCAACCUCCAGAACCUGCCCGCUGAAGCCCGGCUAACCAAGUGUGAAAGUGUGACCUGCAGCCCGGUCAGCGUGAAGUCCGGGGACCGCUUCAUCCCAACCCGUGCAGGAAGUAACUGGAGCAUCAAUUUCCACUAUGCCAACGAGAACUGUCGCUCUCCCGCCCAGAAUCCUAAAGCAAAGGAUGCCACUUCAGAUUCAGGCAAAGAUACAUUGGCGUAUGCUGCCCUAUUGAGGAAUGAGUUACUAGGUGCAGCCAUUGAGUCAGUGUCGGACCUUCACACAGAUGAAAGACGGCGUGCCGUCUGCACUCAUGACUCUCACGGCCUCUUUCGGUACACUGUCCACACUAAGAGAGUGCCUUUCGAUAGCGAUAAUGAAGUGUCACCCUACUCUCUUUCGCCGCUUACUAACAAAAGUCACAAGCUGCUACGCUCGCCUCGUAAACCGGCCCGGAAGAUUUCCAAGAUCCCCUUCAAGGUGCUGGACGCCCCGGAGCUACAGGAUGACUUCUACCUCAACCUGGUUGACUGGUCAGCGGGAAACUUGCUGAGUGUCGGCCUGGGAGCCUGUGUCUACCUGUGGAGCGCUUGUACCAGCCAGGUGACAAGGUUGUGCGACCUUUCAGUGGACGGUGAUUCUGUGACGUCAGUAUGCUGGAACGAGAGGGGAAGUCUGGUCGCUGUGGGAACCCACAAAGGUUACGUUCAAAUCUGGGAUGCGGCGGGCAGUCGAAAGCUUACCAGUUUAGAGGGUCACUCAGCUCGCGUGGGCGCCCUGGCGUGGAAUGGGGAGCAGCUGUCUUCGGGUAGUCGGGACAGAGUGAUCCUUCAGCGGGACGUCAGGACCCCCCCUUCUGCUGAGAGAAGGCUGCAAGGUCACAGGCAGGAAGUGUGUGGUCUCAAAUGGUCCCCUGACCACCAGCAUCUUGCCUCUGGGGGCAAUGACAACAAGUUGCUGGUGUGGAACAGCUCCAGCCUGCUGCCAAUACAGCAGUACAGUGACCACCUGGCUGCGGUGAAGGCUAUCGCGUGGUCACCUCACCAGCACGGGCUGCUGGCGUCGGGCGGCGGCACCGCUGACCGCUGUCUGCGCUUCUGGAACACACUGACGGGUCAGGCGCUGCAGAGCACGGACACCGGCUCUCAGGUGUGCAACCUGGCGUGGUCCAAGCACGCCAAUGAACUGGUGAGCACUCAUGGCUACUCUCAGAACCAGAUCUUGGUGUGGAAGUACCCGUCGCUGACGCAGGUGGCCAAGUUGACGGGACACUCCUACCGAGUGCUUUACCUGGCCAUGUCACCUGACGGUGAGGCGAUCGUCACAGGUGCGGGGGAUGAGACCCUUCGCUUUUGGAACAUCUUCAGCAAAACACGUUGCACCAAGGAAUCAAAGUCUGUGCUGAACCUUUUCACACGAAUCCGAUAAGCUGCAGCAGCACACUACUCCCAACACAACACUUUUUUAUUUUUGUAUUUUUAAACCAACAAUAUGCACUUCAAGCUCUCUAAAGUAGGUAUGACUGUAUUUUUGCCUCAUUCCUGUGAGAAUCAUGCGUGUGACUGAGGCAUUAAGGAGUGGGACUAUCCAGGACUAGCUGCAGUGUGCUCAAACAACCACAAGGUAUCAUCUCUUUUUCUUUCGGUCACAUCAGGUCAGUAGUGGAUACUUCACUCACAAUUAAGUAAGGGAGGAAGCAAAAUUACCGUGGUACCCGCUGUACCCCCUCAUCAAUGAUGUCAUCCGUCAACAAAAAUCAUGUAAUCAUUAUUUCUUUUUUGUUGUUGUUGAAGUGUUUCAUGAUCCAAAAAA